CUAAAAAAGCAACAUGGCCUCUCGGUGUCUUAGAUACUGCACGUGAUUAUUUGGCUACUUGGAAGUCCUGCAACUGAACUCCAAUGUGGGACGACGGGUGUCCCCCAUUUUAUCACCUUGGAGGAGACGCCUAAAUAAAGCAUCAGCGUCUCUCAACCAGACAUUGUGGACUGCAGCGCUUUGACGCACCAGGCUUCCUCAGUUGGAUUGUCUUGUUGCGCUCAGCUCUCUGGCGAACUUGAGUCCUCCUUCACGUUACCGAUACCACUACCGGUACCUGUGACCGACUGCCAAGCAUUCAGAACCAGUACGUCCACAUCACCUUUUCUAAGUCGUUUUUUUUUUUUUUUCCUGUUGUUUUUCGCUGGACGGUGGUUUGAAUUAAUUAUCACAAGAAAGCUUUACCUGGAGUAUGUGCGUGUAAGGGAGUGCAUGUGCGUGUGCAGGGGUGCACUUAAAGUGUGUAAGUGCGUGAGGCUUCUGUGGAUCAGGACAAGGAGGAUCGAGGUACCAGGGGGUUCGGCCGCUGCAUGCCGCGGACAUGUGGAAGUUUGUCCCGCUGUAGCGCAGCCAGAGUCGCUCAACCGCCUCUCAGAGCUCCCUUCUGGGAGACCCCACUCCCGGUUUUUAAAUCAUCGCACCCCCCAUUCAGGAGACCCCAAUGUAAAUUUAGGACGUGAAAUUUUAGAGACGACGAGGAGGACGGCAUCCCGCUGAGUUUGCUGAACACUUUCCAGGAUCUUUUUCAUUCUCUUGCUAUUUUGCGCCUCACUUUUGCACUUGCCGCAAUGCCGGGAGCCCUGCUGGUGGCCGUCCUGGCCGUCGCUCUGUCCGGCUGGGGCGCAGCCGGACAACCGUGCCCGACUCAGUGCUCCUGCACCGGGACCACAGUGGACUGUCACGGCCAAGGGCUCCGCAGCGUGCCCAGGAAUAUACCCCGUAACACUGAACGGCUGGACCUGUACGCUAACAACCUGACUAAAAUCACCAAGGGCGAUUUUGCUGGACUGAGGAAUCUGCGCGUGCUGCAGCUUAUGGAGAACAAAAUCACCACAAUCGAGCGAGGAGCAUUCCAGGACCUGAAGGAGCUGGAGAGACUGCGCCUGAAUCGGAAUAAUCUGGCUGUUUUCCCUGAGCUGCUCUUCCUGGGCACAACGAAGCUUCACAGACUUGAUCUCAGCGAGAACCAGAUUCAAGGGGUGCCCAGGAAAGCCUUCAGGGGAGCUGUGGAAAUAAAGAAUCUCCAGCUGGACUACAACCACAUCGGCUGUAUCGAAGAUGGAGCUUUCAGAGCGUUACGUGACCUGGAAGUACUCACCCUCAACAACAACAACAUCAGCCGGCUGUCAGUGGCCAGUUUCAACCAUAUGCCCAAGCUGAGGACCUUUCGCCUGCACUCCAACAACCUGCAGUGUGACUGCCAUGUGGCCUGGCUGUCGGAGUGGCUGCGACAGCGCCCCCGUCUGGGACUUUAUACGCAGUGCAUGGCCCCGCCGCACCUGAGAGGACACAAUGUUGCAGAAGUGCAGAAGAAGGAGUUUGUCUGCACAGAUUCGGAUGAAGGUUACCAGUCGUCGUCUUCGUCCUGCAGUGUGUUGCAGUGUCCUGAGUCGUGCACCUGCAGCAACAACAUUGUGGACUGCAGAGGGAAGGGUCUGACAGAAAUACCUACCAACCUCCCUGAAACUAUUACUGAGAUACGAUUGGAGCAGAACGCCAUCAAGGUGAUCCCAGCCGGCGCCUUUUCUUCUUAUAAGAAACUGCGAAGAAUAGACUUGAGUAACAAUCAGAUUUCAGAGUUGGCUCCUGAUGCCUUUCAAGGUCUGCGAUCCCUCAACUCUCUCGUUCUGUACGGCAAUAAAAUAACAGAGAUCUCCAAAGGGCUGUUUGAAGGGCUGUUUUCUCUGCAGCUCUUGUUACUGAAUGCAAAUAAGAUAGCGUGCCUGCGUGUGGAUGCCUUUCAGGAUCUCCACAAUCUUAACCUUCUGUCACUAUAUGACAACAAGCUCCAGACCAUUGCCAAAGGAACCUUUUCAUCACUAAGGGCUAUACAGACGCUGCAUUUAGCUCAAAACCCAUUCAUCUGUGACUGUCACCUGAAGUGGCUGGCCGACUACCUGCAGGACAAUCCCAUCGAGACGAGCGGCGCCCGCUGCACCAGCCCUCGGCGGCUUGCCAACAAACGAAUCGGACAAAUCAAGAGCAAGAAGUUCCGCUGCUCAGCUAGAGAACAAUAUUUCAUCCCAGGUACGGAGGAUUACCGCAGCAAGCUGGGAGGAGACUGCUUCGCCGACCUGGCCUGUCCCGAGAAGUGCCGCUGCGAGGGCACCACAGUGGACUGCUCCAACCAAAAGCUGACCAAAAUACCAGACCACAUCCCUCAAUACACUGCCGAACUGCGUCUGAACAACAAUGAAUUUACUGUCCUUGAGGCGACAGGGAUCUUCAAAAAGUUACCCCAUCUGAGGAAGAUUAACCUGAGUAAUAACCGCAUCGCUGACAUAGAGGAGGGCACUUUUGAAGGAGCUUCAGGGGUCAACGAGCUCAUUUUGACCUCCAACAGAUUGGAAAAUGUACAUCACCGCAUGCUGAAAGGACUCGGUGGCCUGCGCACGCUCAUGCUGCGGAGUAAUCGCAUCAGCUGCGUGAGCAACAGUAGCUUUGUGGGUUUGAGCUCAGUGCGUCUGCUGUCGCUCUACGACAACCAGAUCACCUCCAUGAACCCCGGAGCCUUCGACACACUCCACUCGCUCUCGACUCUCAACCUUUUGGCCAAUCCGUUCAACUGUAACUGUCAUCUGGCCUGGCUCGGUGAUUGGUUGAGGAGGAAACGCAUUGUCACGGGCAACCCUCGCUGCCAGAGUCCUUACUUCCUGAAAGAGAUCCCCAUCCAGGAUGUGGCUGUCCAAGACUUUGCUUGUGAAGACGGUAACGAUGACAACAGCUGUUCUCCGGUGCUGAGGUGCCCGGCGGAGUGUUCGUGCUUGGACACGGUGGUGCGCUGUAGCAACAAGGGCCUCACCGCUUUGCCCAAAGGCCUGCCCAAAGAAACCACUGAGCUGUAUCUGGAUGGAAACCACUUCACUCAGGUUCCUGUGGAGCUCUCCGAUUACAAACACUUGACGCUCAUUGAUUUGAGUAACAACCAGAUCAGCACGUUGUCCAACCACAGCCUCAGUAACAUGUCUGAGCUGCUUACCCUAAUCCUGAGCUACAACCGUCUGCGGUGCAUACCAGUGAGGGCCUUCGAUGGACUCAAGUCUCUGCGUUUGCUGUCCCUCCAUGGAAAUGAUAUAUCACUCAUACCAGAAGGAGCCUUCAAAGACCUGUCAUCACUUUCACACUUGGCUCUGGGCGCAAACCCUCUGCACUGCGACUGCCACAUGCAGUGGUUGUCCGACUGGGUGAAAAGCGGCUACAAAGAGCCCGGCAUCGCCCGCUGCGCGGGGCCCGGCGACAUGACCGACAAACUGCUGCUCACCACGCCAUCCAAGAAGUUCACCUGCACAGGCCCAGUAGAUAUCAGCAUCCAGGCGAAAUGUGAGCCCUGCCUGUCCAGCCCGUGCAAGAAUGACGGCACCUGCUUCAAUGACCCGGUGCACUUCUACCGCUGCACCUGUCCAUAUGGAUUUAAGGGCCAAAACUGCGAGGAGCCCAUUCAUGCUUGCAUUAGUAAUCCCUGCCAGAAUGGAGGAACUUGUCAUCUAAAGGAAGGCGAAGGAGGUAGUUUCUGGUGUGUGUGCCCCGAAGGCUUUGAGGGCGACUCUUGUGAGUUUAACAUCGACGACUGUGAAGAUAACGACUGUGAGAACAACUCGACAUGCGUCGAUGGAAUCAACAACUACACAUGCAUGUGCUCACCAGAAUACACAGCUGCUACCAAUGAGGUGGAGAGAGGAGAGCUGUGUGAAGAGAAACUGGAUUUCUGUGCUCCGGAACUGAAUCCAUGUCAACACGAUUCAAAGUGCAUUUUGACCCCUCAGGGAUACAAAUGUGAGUGCACCCCAGGUUAUAUUGGAGACCACUGCGAGCUGGACUAUAACGACUGCGAUGAAAAUAAGUGUCAAAAUGGCGCUCAGUGCAUUGAUGCCAUCAACGGCUACACUUGUGUCUGUCCAGAGGGCUACAGUGGGUUAUUCUGCGACUUGUCCCCGCCAAUGGUCCUUCCUCGCACCAGCCCCUGCGACAACCACGACUGCCUCAACGGGGCGCAAUGCGUCGUCAUGGGAACCGACCCCCGCUGCCAAUGUCUCCAAGGCUACGAGGGGGAGCGCUGCGAGACGCUCGUCAGUGUCAACUUUGUGGACCGGGAGUCCUACCUGCAGCUUCCAUCCAAUCUGAUCUCGCCGCAGACCAACAUUAGCCUGCAGAUUGCUACAGAUGAGGACAGCGGGGUGUUAUUAUAUAAGGGGGAUAAUGAUCACAUUGCAAUGGAGCUUUAUCGGGGGCGCCUUCGGGUCAGCUACGAUACUGGCGCUUAUCCUCCCUCUGCCAUAUACAGUGUGGAGACAGUGAAUGAUGGCACUUUCCAUGCGGUGGAGUUGGUAGCAUCCGAUCAAACUUUGUCAUUGUCUAUCGAUGGCGGGGCCCCUAAAUCCAUCAACUCCAUCAGCAAACAGUCCACACUCAACAUCGACUCCCCGCUUUACCUGGGAGGUAUGCCAGAGCGUGCCUCGGCAUCUGGGGGUCUUUCCGCCCUGCAGCACAGCUCAGGUGGGCGGAAUGGCACCAGCUUCCACGGCUGUCUCCGUAACCUCUACAUCAACGGAAAGCUCCAGGACCUCGGAGCGGGGCUGGGCUCGGGAGCUGCCGGCGCCGGGGCGGCACAGAGCGGCACUCGGCGGUGGAUCGGGCAAGGGGUGGAGCCUGGUUGCCAGCCCUGCCAGAGAGGCGCCUGCGUCCAGGGAGACUGCUACCCGACGGGACAUCGUGGCUUUACCUGCACCUGCCACCCGGGCUGGACUGGACCAGUUUGCGACCAGCAAGUCAACAACCCAUGUGAUGGCAACAAGUGUAUUCAUGGUACCUGCCUGGCCAUCAACUCCUACUCUUAUUCCUGUCGCUGCCAACCCGGUUUCAGCGGCGUCCUUUGUGACGAGCAGGACCAGGAAGCGACCAAUCCCUGCAGCCUGUCUCGCUGCAAACACGGCAAAUGCAGAGUGUCAGGACUGGGGAAAGCCUACUGCGAGUGUAACAGCGGAUUCACCGGAGAGGCAUGCGAUAAAGAGGUGGCCUGCAGAGGGGAACGGGUCCGAGAUGUCUACCAGAGACAGCAAGGCUACGCGGCGUGCCAAACCCAGGAGAAGGUCUCCCGUCUAGAGUGCAGGGGCAGCUGCCUGGGGGGAGCAGGAGGACAAGGAACCUGCUGCACCCCCCUCCGCAGCAAACGCAGGAAAUACACCUUCCAGUGCACUGACGGCUCCUCUUUUGUUCAGGAAGUGGAGAAAAUUGUCAAGUGUGGCUGUACAAAGUGUUCCACAUAAAAAAAAAAGAAAACAAAAAAGACUUUUCUCUUUGCAAGAUAUGUUUUGUGUACCUGCCCGCCUUACUUGCUUCCCAUCUCCUUCUUUGAGACCCUCCAUCUUUUUUUUUUUUUUUUUUUUUUUUUAAAAAACCCUGAAAAAAAAAAAGAGACUUAACAGUUUCUUUACUUGUCAGUGCUGGACUGAUGAUUGAUGCUUCCUCGGUGGGGAUGUUGAAUUGUAUUGUAAAGUACAAAAACAGACUUAUUUUUUAUUAUGAAGUGGAGAAAAAGACAAAAAAAAAAAAGAGUUGACUUUUUCCUCGCAUCUACUUCUUUUCAUGGAUCACGAUGACUCCUACCGCUGUCUCGUCCCUGGAGGAUCCACGCGUCCUGAAGACUUCCCAGGCAUCCUCUGAGAGUCGUGUGUGGUAAGGAGAAACCCAAAUUGCCUCACCACAACACAAAAAAGACUGUUUACACAAUCCUCAAAAGUUUUUCCAUACAGCAACUCUCACCCGUAGCAGAGUUCCAGGUUCAAUACAUUAUACAGUACUCCCCAGUCAUGAGUAUUUAUUGUAUCAUAAAUACCUGUACUUAUUAAGUAGGUCCUCCCCCCAUGUAUCAAUUCUGAUUCUUUUAAUAUAUAUUAAUUUAUAUUUGUCCUUAUUUUUGUAUUAAAAAGACAUAAUCUGUCAAGAUAGCUGAACUAACAAUGGUGUCCUCUAUUUUGGUUGAAGCGAAGUUGGUUUUGUUUGUCUUUGUUUGUUUUUUGGGAAUCUAUUGUGCUUGCCAGAGACCUUGGUUACAUUUUAAGCUGCAAAUGUGACGUGAGGACAGUGUAUAUUUUUGUCACGUUUCCUGAGAGUUUGUACUGUGCCAUUCAUUACCAGAAGGUCUUUAUAUUAGAGUAUACGAAACACAGAUCUUGUGAGUAGCGUUGACCCUAGAGGAUGCCUAGAACUGUUUUUACCUUUUUAACAAAUUUAUGCUUAAAGGAUACUGUGACUUUUUCUAAAUGAAACUACUUUGUUAGCCCCAUGGUCUCCGAUGUUUAACAUGUUGCUGCUAAGUUUUGUACCGUAGACUUGGAUCCUGAUCUGUAUGUUAUAUAGAAUCUCCUGCUCCCACUGUACAGGGGCACCAUGUGUAACAGAUAAAUAUGUUCCCCACCUCUACACGUGUGCAUUGUGCUUGAUAGAUCCCGUCUCCACACACCCCCAAGACUAAUGUCAGUUCCCUGACUGAUGUUUGUUAAUUAAAACCAAUAUUUACCUCA